AUGUCACAGUCUUCCGGCAAGGUCAAGGCGGGCCAAUUAUGGUCUAAGAACAAGGACGAGCUCACCAAGCAGUUGGGUGAGCUCAAGACGGAGCUGGGCCAGCUUCGCAUCCAGAAGAUCGUCUCCUCGGGCACCAAGCUCACCAAGAUCCACGACAUCCGCAAGUCGAUCGCCCGCGUUCUUACCGUCAUCAACGCCAAGCAACGCGCCCAGCUCCGCCUCUUCUACAAGGACAAGAAGUACCUUCCCCUCGAUCUCCGGGCCAAGCAGACCCGUGCGAUCCGCCGCCGCCUGUCCGCCGAGGACGCCUCGAGGGUUCUGGAGAAGACCAAGAAGCGCCAAACGCACUUCCCCCAGCGGAAGUUCGCCGUCAAGAACCAGCAAAUUGCACUUUCUCAUUGUGUUACCGCCAUGGUUGACUGGAAACCUCUGACAUCCAACUUGGAGAGAGAGGGCCAACACCACGAACCUCUCCAACACCGGGCCAUCAUGUCGGCCGAUCCGCUUCAAGCACUUGCGGACGCGGGGCAAGGGAAGAGCACUCGCAGCGUUUUGCGGGUGCUUAUUCUUACCCUGAUCGCCGGCGCUGCCAUUUCAAGUCGUCUGUUUUCUGUGAUUCGAUUCGAGAGUAUCAUUCACGAAUUCGAUCCUUGGUUCAACUUCCGUGCCACCAAGUACCUCGUCGCAAAUGGCUUCUACAACUUCUGGGACUGGUUCGACGACCGGACAUGGCACCCCCUCGGCCGUGUCACCGGUGGAACCCUCUACCCUGGCCUGAUGGUAACGAGUGGUGCUAUCUACCACGCCCUCCGCGCCUUGACGAUUCCCGUAGACAUCCGCAACAUCUGUGUUCUCCUCGCACCCGCCUUCUCCGGCCUGACCGCCAUCGCCGCGUACCUCCUCACCAAUGAGAUGACCCCUUCGUCCUCGGCCGGCCUUCUGGCCGCGCUGUUCAUGGGCAUCACGCCCGGUUACAUUUCCCGGUCCGUCGCGGGCUCCUACGACAACGAGGCCAUUGCCAUUUUCCUGCUUGUCUUCACGUUUUACCUGUGGAUUAAGGCGCUGAAGCAGGGGUCCAUGCUGUGGGGUGCGCUGUGCGCGCUCUUCUACGGCUACAUGGUGGCGUCAUGGGGUGGUUAUGCCUUCAUCACUUGUUUGCUGCCGCUGCACUCCUUUGUACUUAUCUGCAUGGGCCGGUACAGCACCCGGUUGUACGUCGCGUACACCACCUGGUAUGCCCUGGGAACAUUGGCGAGCAUGCAGAUUCCGUUUGUCGGUUUCCUGCCCGUCAAGACGAGCGAGCACAUGCCGGCUCUGGGCAUCUUUGGCUUCCUCCAGCUUCUCGCCUUCCUUGACUACGUCCGAUCGACCAUUCCGAGCCGCCAGUUCCAGACCUUCCUUUGGCUGUUUGCCGGCGGUACCUUCGGCAUUGGCCUGUUGGGCCUGGUGAUUGCCACCAGCGCCGGGUUCAUUGCUCCGUGGAGUGGUCGUUUCUACUCGCUCUGGGAUACCGGCUACGCCAAGAUCCAUAUUCCCAUCAUUGCGUCGGUGUCGGAACACCAGCCUACCGCGUGGCCCGCGUUCUUCUUCGACCUCAACAUGCUCAUCUGGCUGUUCCCCGUCGGCGUGUACCUGUGCUUCCAGCACCUCGCUGAUGAGCACGUCUUCAUUGUUGUCUAUGCGCUGUUCGGCAGCUACUUUGCCGGUGUCAUGGUCCGGUUGAUGCUUACCCUCACUCCCGUGGUCUGCGUGGCCGCCGCCAUCGCCAUCUCUACCCUCCUCGACACGUACCUCAACGCCAAGACACCGAAGCCCGAGGACCACCAGGCUGCCAAGGAGGGCUCAGACGGCAAGAAGGGCAAGGCUGGUCUCAAGUCGUCCGACAAACCGGUAGUGGGCGUGUAUGCCAUCUGGGGCAAGAGCCUAAUGGUCAGCGCUCUGGCCGUUUAUCUGCUGUUGUUUGUUCUGCACUGCACCUGGGUGACGUCCAACGCGUACUCGUCCCCAUCCGUCGUGCUGGCUAGCAGACUCCCCGACGGCAGCCAGCACAUCAUCGACGACUACCGCGAGGCGUACCAGUGGCUGCGCCAGAACACCCGCGAGGACGCCAAGAUCAUGUCCUGGUGGGACUACGGCUACCAGAUCGGUGGCAUGGCGGACCGCCCGACGCUGGUCGACAACAACACGUGGAACAACACGCACAUUGCCACGGUGGGCAAGGCGAUGAGCUCGAGCGAAGAGGUCAGCUACCCGAUCAUGCGCCAGCACGAGGUAGACUAUGUUCUCGUCGUGUUUGGUGGUCUUUUGGGCUACUCUGGCGAUGACAUCAACAAGUUCCUGUGGAUGGUCCGUAUCGCGGAGGGUAUCUGGCCCGAUGAAGUCAGCGAGCGCGCCUUCUUCACUCCCCGAGGCGAGUACCGCGUCGAUGGCGAGGCGACCGAGACCAUGAAGAACAGCUUGAUGUACAAGAUGUCCUACUACAACUACAACAACCUCUUCCCCCCUGGACAGGCGGCCGACCGCAUGCGGGGUGCCCGUCUCCCCGAGGUCGGACCCACGCUCAGCACGAUGGAGGAGGCGUUUACCAGUGAGAACUGGAUCAUCCGUAUCUACAAGGUCAAGGACCUGGACAACCUCGGGCGCGACCACAUGGCGGCAGCCGCGUUUGACAGGGGGCAGAAGAAGAAGAAGAGCGCAAGCAAGAAGAAGGUACCCCGUGUUCUGCGGGUUGAGUAA